AGUACACUGUGGGAGAUCUUCAUCUCCAGUUGGAGGCAAACCGAGGGGAAGGAAAAAGAUAGCUGCUCUUCUUGAAGUUUCCUGAGUUGCCAUGUGUGUUCAGAGACUUUCCGAGAUCCUGUGUCUCUGAGCUGCAACCACAGCUUCUGUUCGAGCUGCCUGCCUACAUUCUGGGAACAAAAUACCUGGACAAAGUCACUGUCCUGAACUGAAUACCAAAGGACAUUUCCCUCUGAAAGACAUCCUGACUCCAUCUGCUGGUGAAUAAAUGACAUAGCAGCAUUUCCUGAUGUUGAUAACUCACCCUGUGACGGAGGUGAGAGGAAACGAAAGUGGAUUUUGACAUUGUUGAACAGCGCUGAGACGCCAUUACAGGGUGUGAGAUUUCUGCUCGGAGACACGUUUGGAGUAUAUUUGGGGAGAAGUGGAGAGACUGCAAGUUGGUGAGUCCUGCUCUAGAAAUCACUUUAAUACCAAAUGGCUGAGAAAAUCGCUCUUUUUGAAAGUUUCCUGAGCUGCCAUGUGUGUUCAGAGACUUUCAGAGAUCCCGUGUCUCUGGGCUGUAACCACAGCUUCUGUUCGAGCUGCCUGCAGACAUUCUGGGAACAAAGUAAGAACAAAGACUGUCCCAUUUGUAAAAGAAAGUCCUCCAAAGAUCCUGUGGGGAACUUUGCACUGAAGGAACUGUCUGACUCCUUUGCUGAGAGACAGAAAGCUGGAUCAUCUGAGACAGAAAAGGGAGAGAAGAAGGUGGAGGUGGUGUGUAGUAAACAUCCAGAAGAGCCUAGAUUGUUCUGUAUGGAUGAAGAGAGAGCUGUGUGUCCUGGCUGUGACUUUUCUCUCCACCAGAGUCACAAGGUGGUUCCUGUAGAACAAGCAGUCAGUGAGCUGAAGGACCUGCUGACAUCUGACUUAGAGUCUCUGGAGGACAAGAGGGACACAUACAAAGGAGUGGAGACAACAUACAAUGAAGUGAUUCAAGUGUCCAAGAAGCAGCUGCUGUCCACAGAGAGGCAGAUCAGAGCAGAGUUCAUCAAGCUCCAUCAGUUCCUGAAAGAGGAAGAGGAGUCCAGACUGGCAGCUCUGAGGGACGAAGAGGAGCAGAAAGGGAAGACUAUCAGCAGAGAGAUGAAGAGCAUUCAGGAGCACAUCUCCUCUCUGUCACACAGUAUCUCUGCUGUUGAAGAAGAGCUGCAGAAACACAACGUGCCCUUCCUCAGCAGUUACAAAGCCACUCAGAGCAGAGCCAGAGUCCAGAGCUCACUGUCAGACCCACAGCUGCUCUCAGGAGCGCUGACAGAUGUGGCCAAACACCUGGGCAACCUGUCCUUCAGAGUCUGGGAGAAGAUGAAGGACCAGGUCCACUUCAGUCCUGUCCUUCUGGACCCAAACACUGCACACAGCCGGCUCUAUCUGUCUGAUGAUCUGACCAGUGUGAGACGUGGAGACACAGAUCAGCAGCUUCCUGAUAAUCCAGAGAGAUUCACAAAGCAUACUAAUGUCCUGGGCUCUGAGGGCUUCAGCUCAGGGAAACACAGCUGGGAGGUGGAGGUGGGAGAUCAUCCUGUGUGGCUUAUAGGUUUGGCUAAAGAGUCAGCUGGCAGGAAGGGAGAUAUAGUUGCCUCCCCAAAAUAUGGAAUCUGGUGUUUAAGGUAUAUCAAUGGAAAAUACACUAAUGGUGCUGGUGAGGCUGUCAGAGUGGAGAAGAAUCUCCAGAGGAUCAGAGUCCAGCUGGACUAUGACAGGGGGGAGGUGUCCUUCUACGACCCUGAUCACAUGACUCCCAUCUGCACUCACAGAGACACUUUCACUGAGAAACUCUUCCCAUGGUUUUGUAUUGGAGAAGCUGGUGAUGCUAAAACUGCUGAUAUCAAGAUCUGUCAGAGUGAGAUUCCUCUGUGAUGCUCAGGAGUGUUGGUUCAGACUUUAUUCUUACUUCACUGUCCGUCUACAUCUCUUUGGAACAAUCAAGAAAAGAAUCAACAGAUGAUGAGAUAUUAAUCUUUGCAUGACAUUUUUACACAUUAUAAUCAAAGAGUCAGUCAAAAACAAAAACAAACAAAACAACUUGAUUGUUUAUUGCUAUAGUUUAUUUUGCAUCAUACUUUAUUCCAGUGUGUUUAUAGUUUUCAUUUAACUCACUGACACUUUAUUAAAAUCGGAAAAUCAUUUUAAAAUAUAUUGAGGCAUGAUUGAUGAAUGUUCACAUUUUGAAUCCAAAAAUCUUUAAAAGAAUGAAUUUAUUUUCUGUGUUUCUUUGUAAUGGAUGAAAUGAGAAAGUUUGAUUAAGUUUUGUGUGAAUUCUUGAAGAAAUGUAAGAAGUUUGUAUUUCGUGCUGAAACGUCAUGAAAUCAACAAACUAACAAAUCAAAGCUGUCAGUUCUCCUUUUAUCAACAUCUAGUUUCUAGUCAAACAUCAUGUUAUAGCAUGAUAAGUUAUCAGUUUCACUUUUUUAUAUUUUUGGGUCUUUUGAUGAAUUAUUUUUAGAUAUGUUGUUUUACUGCAGGGAGCAAGUAAUUUAAUACAUUUAGUUUAAUUAAUUAUUUCAUUCUUACAAUGUUCUUUCGUUAGCCUGUGACAUUUUCAGUCCUAUAUAGAUGGACAAUAACAUUUAUGGUAAUUGUAAAUAUCAAUUUCUAAUGAACUUAGAGGGAAUAACAGCUGUAUAAUUAAGUGUAUUUGAUGCUGCUUCAGAUAUCUUGUGAUUAAAUAACCAGCAGUUUAAUUCAGAAAUGUGUCUCUGAGGUUGAUUUCUGUUUCUGUAAAUAAAUAAUCUGAACAUCUUAA